AUGUCAUCAUCAUCAUCAUCAACUAUUCAUCCUUUCCAACCAGUUAAAGAUUAUGAAAUUAGAUUAGCUUCUAAAUUAGUUAAAGAUGCUUAUCCAGCAUCAGCUAAUGUUCAUUUUGUUCAAAUUGAUCGAGUUGAUCCACCUAAAAAAGAUAUGAAACAAUAUAUUAUUGCUGAAAGAGAAGGAUUAUCAUUACCAAAAAUUCCUCGAAUUUUAUAUUUAUAUUAUUAUACUAAUACUAUGGAAUUUAAUAAAGCUUUAGUUAAUGUUACUAUUGGUCAUAUUAUUACAAAAAUUCAAUUACCAAAAGGAAUUAUUGGACCUUUAUUACCUGAUGAUAUGAUGGAAUGGGAAGAAUAUUGUAAUAAUCAUCCAAUUGUUAAAGCAGAAAUUGAUAAAUUGAAAUUACCUUCAGGUUAUUCAGUUAGAAAUGAUCCUUGGAUUUAUGCUACUGAUGAUAUUAAUGAAUCAAGACCAUUAAUUCAAUUUUAUAUGUAUGUAUUAGCUGGAAAUGGUCAUAGUGAAUCUAAUCAUUAUUCAUUACCAUUAAAAUUUUCUCCAGUAUUUGAAUGUUUUACCAAAAAAUUCAUUCGUAUUGAUUAUUUACCUGGUGGAUUUGAUCAUAAAACUGUUCCAACUGGUCCUUGGCAACAAGUUCCUUGUGUUCAAUAUCAUCCUGAUUUAAAUGGUGAAACUAAAAUGAGAAAUGUUAAACCAUUAUUGAUUUCACAACCUGAAGGUCCAUCAUUUCAAAUUAUUGAUAAUAAUAAAGUUAUUUGGCAAGGUUGGGAAUUUAGAGUAUCACCAAAUUCAAGAGAAGGUUUUGCUAUUUAUGAUUGUUGGUUUAAAGGUAGACAAACUUUUUAUAGAAUUUCUUUAUCAGAAAUGACAGUUCCUUAUGGUGAUCCAAGAGCUCCUUAUCAUAGAAAACAAGCAUUUGAUUUAGGUGAUUGUGGAUUUGGAGUUAAUGGUAAUAAAUUAGCUUUAGGUUGUGAUUGUUUAGGAGUUAUUAAAUAUUUAGAUGGUCAUGGUAUUCAUAGUAAUGGUGAACCAUUUAUAAUUCCUAAUACGGUUUGUAUGCAUGAACAAGAUGAUGGAUUAUUAUAUAAACAUGUUAAUUAUCGUACUGAUAAUGCUGUUGUUGCUAGGAAAAGAAUUUUUAUUGUUCAAACUAUUGCUACGGUGGCUAAUUAUGAAUAUAUUAUUAAUUUGAAAUUUGUUACUGAUGGAUCUAUUGAUAUUGAAGUUAGAGCUACAGGGAUUUUAUCAACUAUGCCAAUUGAUGAAAAUGUUAAAGUUCCUUGGGGUACAAUUGUUGGUCCAAAUGUUAUGGCAGCUUAUCAUCAACAUAUUUUAAAUUUUAGAAUUGAUCCUGCCAUUGAUGGUCAUCUGAAUUCAGUUGUUUAUGAUGAUGCCAUUAAAUUACCUCGAGAUGAAUUUAAUCCUUAUGGAAUUGGAUUUGUUACUGAUAGACAUUUUGUUGAAAAAUCAGGAUAUAUUGAACAAGCUCCAUUUGAUAAUAGAACUUAUAAAAUCAUUAAUGAAAAUAUUAUUAAUCCAAUAUCGAAAACUCCUGUUGGUUAUAAAAUUAAUAUGCCAGCUAGACAAAUGUUAUUAGCUGAUCCUGAUUCAUUUAAUUCUAAACGAGCAAAAUUUGCUACUCAACAAGUUUGGGUGACUAAAUAUAAAGAUCAUCAAUUAUUUGCCGCUGGAGAAUUUACUAAUCAAAGUAAAAUUGAUACUGGUAUAACUGAAUGGGCUAAUGGAAUUGAUUCAGUUAGAAAUGAUGAUAUUGUUGUUUGGGCAACUAUGGGUUUUACUCAUAUUCCAAGAGUUGAAGAUUUCCCAGUUAUGCCAGUAGAAACUCAUAAUAUUCAAUUGGCUCCAGCUAAUUUCUUUGAUAGAAAUCCUGCUUUAGAUUUACCUCAAUCAAAUAAUGGAUUUAAUAAAUCAGUGUUGGUGGCUGAUAAUAAUAAUGAAAAAGCUUGUUGUAAAAAUAAGAUUUAA